CCCAAACAAAAUUGAGAAUCUUUCUCUGAACAAAUAGGUGAAAGUCUUUUAAAGUUUUGCCGCCAAUCUUUCCAAGGGUUUUUCUCCAAAAACCCAAACCAAGAACAAGAUCCGCUUUAUUUAAUUUAAUGGCUUCUACUCCCCUACAAAUCAUCGAUGACGACGAUGAGUUUGAUUGGGAAGCAGCUGUCAGAGAAAUCGAUGUGGCUUGUGAAAUCAAAAAGCCUUCUACUUCAUCUAAUUUAUGUUCUACUUCUAAGCAAUCUACUCUCCAUAAAUUUCUUGGAAAGGUUCAAUUCAAUCAAUGUCAACAACAAUCUAAUGAACCAGAGCCUGAGUCUGAUGAGAAGGUAUGCUACGUUGAUAUUGAUGCUGAGGCGGCAAAAACUUGGAUAUACCCAGUUAAUGUUCCUGUUCGUGAUUACCAGUUUGCUAUAACUAGAACGGCACUUUUUUCAAAUACAUUGGUGGCCUUGCCAACAGGCCUUGGGAAAACACUUAUCGCUGCUGUUGUUAUGUUUAAUUACUUCAGAUGGUUUCCACGAGGGAAAAUAGUGUUUGCUGCUCCUUCUCGGCCUCUAGUCAUGCAACAAAUAGAAGCUUGCCAUAAUAUUGUAGGAAUACCACAAGAAUGGACAAUUGAUAUGACCGGUCAGAUAAGUCCUAGCAAAAGAGCUUGCUUUUGGAAAACUAAGCGAGUUUUCUUUGUUACUCCGCAAGUCCUGGAGAAGGAUAUUCAAUCUGGCACAUGUUUGUCAAAAUACCUGGUGUGUUUGGUCAUCGAUGAGGCUCAUCGAGCACUUGGAAAUUAUGCAUAUUGUACGGCUGUUCGUGAGUUAAUGUCAGUGCCUGUGCAGCUGAGAAUACUGGCUUUGACUGCAACACCAGGGUCAAAGCAGCAGACUAUUCAGCAUAUUAUUGAUAACUUACAUAUAUCAACACUAGAAUAUCGCAAUGAAAGUGAUGGUGAUGUCAGCCCAUAUGUUCACAACAGAAAGACAGAACUGAUUCAGGUUCCGAUGGGCCAAGAGGCUGCAGAGAUAAACAAUCUGAUGUUGGAAAUAAUACGCCCUUAUGUGAAUAAGCUUUCCUCUAUUGGACUUCUUCAAAAUAGAGACUACCGAACUUUGAGCCCAGUAUAUUUACUCAACUCUAGGGACAAAUUUCGUCAAGCACCUCCUCCAAACCUUCCCCACAUCAAAUGUGGUGAAAUAGAAACUUAUUUUGGAGCUCUUAUUACUCUCUAUCACAUAUGUAAGCUGCUUUCAAGCCAUGGAAUAAGGCCGGCAUAUGAAAUGCUGGAAGAAAAGUUGCGACAAGGGUCAUUUGCAAGACUAAUGAGUAAAAAUGAAGUUAUUCGGAAAGUAAAGCUCUUAAUGCAGCAAACUUUAUUCCAUGGUGCACCAAGUCCCAAAUUGUCAAAAAUGUUGGAAGUACUUGUUGACCAUUUCAAAACGAAGGAUCCAAAAAGUUCAAGAGUUAUAAUCUUCUCUAAUUUUAGAGGAAGUGUCAGGGACAUAAUGAAUGCAUUAGUAAACAACAUUGGUGAUUUAGUUAAAGCAACUGAAUUUAUUGGUCAAAGCUCAGGAAAAGCAUUGAAAGGCCAAUCACAAAAAGUACAACAGGCUGUCCUGGAGAAAUUUCGAGCUGGUGGAUACAAUGUCAUUGUUGCCACAUCAAUUGGUGAAGAAGGCCUGGAUAUCAUGGAAGUUGAUCUUGUCAUAUGUUUUGAUGCUAAUGUUUCUCCAUUGAGAAUGAUUCAGCGGAUGGGGAGAACUGGAAGGAAGCAUGAUGGACGAGUUGUAGUUUUAGCUUGUGAAGGGUCAGAAAUGAAAGGCUAUAUGCAAAAGCAAGCAAGCAGCAAGGCUAUUAGAAAACGCAUGCUUAAUGGAGGAAUGAGUAGCUUUAAUUUCCAUCCUAGUCCGAGGAUGAUACCCCAUAUCUACAAACCGGAAGUCCAAUACGUUGAGCUGUCUAUUGAACGAUUCAUUUCUCGUGGGAAGAAAGUUAAAAAUGAUAAAGCUGUUGAGACACCAGUUUUCAAAGAAAAGUUAACCGUGACUGAGACUGAUUUAAUAGCCAAGUAUUUCCAGCACACAAAUGAUACUACUUCAAGACUAUCUCUUAUUGCAUUUCCACAUGUCCAGGCAUUUCCCUCCAGAGUUCACAAAGUAAAUCACUCUUAUAGAACAGGGAUGUUGAUUGACAUGAUGCAACAUUUGCAAGGAAUAACCUUUUCAAGUGACAACAGAACAUUCUUUACUGAGGGUGAUUUUUCUUCAGGCAAGGGCUUGGGAGUUCAGUCUUUUGAACAAUGUGAAAAUGAUAACAAAGAUUCAUUUAUUUUGGACAACCUUGAAGGACCCAAAUCACCAAAAGAAGUAACAGAGCCUGACACAUCUCCUGUAAGGAUUUUAGGCACCGAGAAGAAGCAUAGCUUGCCUGGCUUCUGUAGCAAAAGUUCUGUAGCACACUCAUACCUUUUUGGUUCAGAUUUUGUAUCUGUUGAUGCUCUGGGAAAUGUCCUAAUUGCACCUCCCCCCGCUCUUUUCUUUCAAGAAUUAUUACAUUCUAAAUGUAUAAGUGCCAACGGUACACUGCUGCAGAACCAUUGGAAAGAAGAUUCUUCACAUUUGAAGACUUUUGACAAAAACUAUGAUGAACUUGGUAUGGAAGCUAAAACUGUUGCAGAACAACCAACUUCCCAGGCAACAUGCAUUAAAAAUGUUAGUCUCCAAAUAUCUAGUCCCAAUUUUGAAGCCCAGCAGGAGAAAGCAGUUGAGGGAGAUAUGGCCGAUGAGACAUUUGAAGUGGAAAUAAAAGAACCAUCCCUACAGGCUGAUAAAUACAGCAAUUAUUUGAUAGAUUCUGAACUUAGUCCCAGGCUAACUAAUUUGAUCAAGACUGGUGUUGUUCCAGAGUCACCUAUCAAUGACAGAGGGCUAUUAAAUAAUGAGGGAAGAAAUGAAUUUUUGAUUGCAGAUUUUGCUUCACCAGUCAAAUUGUGUUCUGAACAGCAAACUAAUUCUGUAAGUCUUGAGGAAAAUAAAAGGGGUUUGGACAAUAGUGACAAUGUAAGGAAUUGCCCCAUUUCUCCUAUUAAUAUUGAAUGUCAAGCUCCUUUAUUUAAGGUGAACCAUAUCGACUGUUCAAGAGGAUGUAACUUUGCUUCUCCAGUUGCUGAGGAAACCAAAAUUAUCAUGACAAAUAUUACAACCCCUAAUUGUAGUCGGGAUUGGCUUCUGAAUUCUGAAGGCAAGUCACAACAUGUUAAGCCAGUGCAUAAACUUAAAAGGCUGCGCAAAGCUGCAGAUUGUUCUAAAAAAGGGCUUUUGCAAGACAUGAACGAAAAGACUAGAAUUGCUGGUGUAAAUCUUGCCGGAUCUAUUUCUGGUACCAGUCCCAUCCAAAAUAAGCAUGGCAGAGGUAAAAGGAAACGAGUAGAUAAUGUGAGAUCAUUCAUUGAGGAGGAGGCGGAGGUGUCUUCAGAAACUGAAACUGCUGAUGAUGAGGAAGAUGACCUGGAAAACUCAUAUGAUGAUAGUUUCAUAGAUGACAGGAUAAAUCCUACAGCAGCUAGUACUCAAGCUGAAUCAAGUGGAGUUGACAUGGUGGCAAUAUAUAGGCGCUCUUUGCUCAGUCAAUCACCAUUGGUGAGACGGCCAAAUUUUUCUGCUGCUUAUAGUCCAGAUUCUGCAAGUCCUACAACCAGAAUAGGCGAUAGUGGAAGCUCAUCUGGAAAGUCAUUGCCCUCUGUACAGGCACUUCAGACUGACUCUAAAUAUCAGUCUGCUGGCAACAGUCCCGAAUCAUUUCAGAUAAACCAAGAGAGAAUUACCUCAGGAGCCAGUUCUUGUAAACUGUCGAAUUUAAUCACAGAGAAUGAGAGGAAACGAAAGCUGAGUUUCCAUCAGUUAGAAUCCAUACCAGCAAUCAACUUAGUGUCAAGAUUUUCUUUCCAGUCUGAGGUCACCGGCAAAGAACCUUGUCAGGAGCGUCAAGCUGAGAAUAUUGAUGCUGAUGCAAAUGCAGAUGCAGAUGUACUUGAUGAUGAGGAAUUUUAUGAGAAUCUCGAUUUAGACGCCCUGGAGGAACAGGCUGCAUUGAUUCUGAAACAUAAGUCAGAAUGUUUGCCUCAUGAGCAAGAAACAAUUCCUCCAGCAAAAGCGCAAAAUCUUAGUGUUCUUGGUUCUCCAUCUUUUGAUCUUGGGAUAUAGUAAAAAUUUCCAGGGGAAAUUGAGAUUGUUUGUAAAUUAUCUCUGUAAUUGUGGAUAAAUGUGGAUUAUGUAGCUAAUUUAUGUAAAUCUCAUGUAUAGAGAAUAUAAAUAUAUAUUUCUGUUCAA